GUUCCAAAAAAUGAGAGGAUUUUUUUUAUAUAAGAGAAAAACAAACAUCUCUUAGCUUUCUCUCCACUUGGAAUUAUAGUGACGGAAAAAGGCAAUUUUUGUAUAGUCAUGUCUUUGUUUUACAUCUUAAUUCCUGUGGGAGUGGGAGCCACAUUAUAUUUGAUAAGGAAACUGCGAGAACAUCAUUUUGGAUGGGUAAGGAACCAUUCCAGUCUCAAGGAUCGUGUUUAUGUGGUGACAGGUGCAAACACUGGAUUGGGAUUUGAAACUACCCGAUCCCUCGUAAUUCGUCAUGCCACUGUAAUUUUGGCAUGUAGGGACAUAAAUAAGGCACAAAAAGCUAUAAAUGAGAUCCGGAAGGAGACAGAGAACGGACAAAUGAUUCCGAUGGAACUGGAUCUGGCAUCCUUUGACUCUGUUAGAGCUUUUGCUGCAAAACUGAAGAUGGAACAUCCUCAUUUUGAUUGCCUGAUCAAUAAUGCUGGAUUAGCUAUUAAAACUGAACAGUACACAAAGGAAAAUUUUGAGUUGCAUUUUGGGGUGAAUCAUUUGGGUCACUUUCUGCUCACGAGUCUCCUUAGUGAUGUGAUCAAACAAAACAAUUCAAGGAUUGUUGUAGUAUCGUCGAAAAUGCAUGAAAAGGCAUUUCUAGACUUCGAGAAUUUGGGAAAAUGGGUGACUCCUCCUAAUAGGGAGAGAACUAAUCGGCAUUAUAAUAACUCAAAGUUAGCCAAUUUUUACUUCGCUAAAGAGUUGUAUCGCAAAGGCUAUGAUGCUCAUGUUCUCUGUCCAGGACUGUGUCAUACUGAUUUUUUCAGAGACUACAAUCCAAAGUGGUACCACUAUAUCCUUUUUUCACCAAUUGCCUGGUGGUAUUUGAGAUCUGCUCGUCAGGGAGCUCAAAAUAUAAUUCACUGCGCCACAGAUGAUGUCAACACUGACGAAAAAAAUCCCGGAACAAAUUAUUUGAUCGUGAACCUAAAACAAACCAAGUCCAAGGCACGGAUCAGAGAUGAAGAUUCUCUCAAACUCUGGAGUGAAAGUGAAAAGUUAAUUGGUCGAAAAUUCGACUAAGAUUUUGUACAUAAAUAUUGCAUAUUUUGUAUUAUUUAUCAUGCAAUAAAAGAUGUUGUUUAAGA